UAAAAUUUCCCACUCGAAAUUCUGUUGAAGCGAAAAUAAAAUUUUCAUUUUGCAUUGAAUAAAAAAGAUACCUCGAAAAGGACGGAUAGUUGAGCACCAGCGCAGCGCCAGGCCAGCCACAGCGAUAGCGAACGAAGAUGACAGAUAAUUUUUUGAUGCGUGUUUUCCUUUUUUAGCUCCCCGCGGCCCGCUCUAUCUAUCUAUAAUUCUGUUUCUGUGCUCUGUCACUCUGUCAGUUCUUCUCACUUUACUUCUCAUUCGUUCUCCGUUCUCACUUGCUUUCAGCUAAGCUGAAGCUAGUCUGUCGUCAUUUUUCGCCAUCGUUGGUCAGGUCAUUUCGUUUAUUAAGUUUUUAUUUUUCGCGUUAUUGUUGUUGUUGAAACUCAAUUUAAAUUCUCAAUUAGUUGUUACAUCAAAAUCCAAAAACCCAUCGCUAUGCGGUUCGCGAAUUUCCAAAAAUUGUGAAUCCCAUUUAAGUGCGUGACCGAGAAAACGAGAAGAAAAGUGCAAAGGAAUUUCUAUUUAAAUAAUAAAAUAAAGUUUCAAAAAAAGAAAAAAGAUACGAAAAAGGCAGCAGAGAAACACAGACAAGACACAGAGCAGCAGAAGAGAAGAAACAACGAAGAAAUGUGUUGCCAGUGUUACCAUCAAUUUCUAUCCGUUGUAUGUCAAAACGAAGAAAAGCAAGAGCAAGAGGAAAAUAAUAAAAUUUGUUAUUUUGCUAAAUAAAAAUUGUGCAAAGUGUGUUAUUAAUAAUAGUUAAGCAAAAAAGAAAAUAAAACAAGUGCUUUGUCAAAGAAAAUAAAACAAAUAUUAAAAUAACACCUGUGUUUUUGAAAUACGCGUUUUACGUCUUGGGUAUAAAAAGAAAGAAAGAAAAAAAGUAGAAAAUCUGCAUCUACUUUUGUGGAUUGUAACAAAUUGCCCAUAAUGGAAUCGAAUGAUUCAACGGGCGACGGGGAGGAGGGUGUUUAUAAUUCAACAUUAUCAUCAUCAGCAGCAGCAGGAAAUCAAGACGAUAGUCCAAUGGCAAGAUCAAUGCCAUCAUCGUCGUCAGCUGCAUCAGCGUCAGUUACAGCUUUAGCUUCAGCACCUUCAUCGUCUUCAGGAGGAGCAGCUUCGUUUUCUUCAAUUGCAACACCUGUUCCGAGCACCAGUCGUGGUGAAUCGGACAGAAUCGCAAACAUGAUUCGUUCGGCAUCGCUCUAUAAGCGUCAACACGAAAUCGGAGCAUUGGUCAAUGUGGAAUGUUGUCGCAACGGACCUACGCCCGAUUUGGAUGCGAUUAUGUAUCAUCUGUUCAGUCCCAAAGAACCCAUCGACAAUACCGAUAAGAUGGACUGGAUACGUUGGCUUAUUGCCGGUGGCAGAACACUUGAGGAAUUUGUUAAAUUUGUCCGAAGCUAUGAUAACCAUGCUAAAUGCGGCUUGGUUUGGGUGCCACACGUGGUUGCCUAUCGAUGUCGUACGUGUGGCAUAUCACCCUGUAUGUCAAUAUGUCGUGAUUGUUUCAAAAAAGGAGAUCACACCAAUCAUGACUUUAAUAUGUUUCUCUCUCAAGCUGGUGGUGCCUGUGAUUGUGGUGAUACAUCGGUAAUGAAAGCUGAAGGUUUUUGCACCGAUCAUGGCAUCAAUAAGGGUGCCAACAAAGAUCCAGUUCCUAACAACCUUUUGGCAGUGGCCGAAGCCAUAAUGCCAAAAUUACUGUUUCGAUUAUUACAACAUUUCCGUCAAUAUAGUGAUAAUGUUGGUACAUAUAAUAUGGCUGCACACGCAUGCGAAGAAUUUACCAACAUGCUCAUUGAACUGAAUAAUAUGGGCGAAAUAAUGCGUAAGGUUAUGACGAGAGCUCUUAUCAAUCCCGAGGUAUAUAAAUUCUACAACGAACAACCCUGUCCAGAUACAGAACAUGGAAAUUUCCUUAAAGCCAAUAAAAAGAAGUACGAGGAUGCGGUUAAUCGAUUUCCAAGACCGGAACCUCCUGAUGAUUAUAAACAUUUACCAGCAUUAGGAGAGAAACUCAACCACACUACAUUGCUGGAAGAGUUUAUAUUCUGGACGUUUAAAUUAGAGUUCCCACAAAAUUUAGUGUGCUUCCUGCUAAAUAUGCUGCCAGACCAAGACUAUAAGGAGCAUCUCACUCGUACAUUUGUGAUGCACUACAGUCGAAUACCAUGUGUUCUGGAAAUGUCCAGAGACCCGGACACGCUUAGCAAUCGAGUGGUUCAUAUGAGCGUUCAACUCUUCUCAAACGAAAGCUUAGCUCUUAAAAUGGUCAAUGAACUUUCUCUCCUGCACGUCAUGAUAAUCAGCUUAAAACUGAUGAUGUCCAAGAUACUCAUUCAAAACACACUUCAUGAUCCCGUCAAAAACUUUCAUUUUGUGAUCGACUGCACUCGGCAAGUUAUGAAAGAACAUUGCUAUUGGCCUCUAGUAUCGGACUUUAACAAUGUGCUUUCGCAUGAAUCGGUCGCUUUGGUUUUCCUACGUGAUGACAAUCUAAUUGAUAUGUGGUUUCAAUUUCUGUCAAUGCUUCAGGGUAUGAAUGUCAAUGUGCGAGAGACAACAAGUCACGUGGAAUUCGAACCAAGUUCAUAUUAUGCUGCGUUUUCUUGUGAACUUGAAGCUAGUGCUUAUCCAAUGUGGUCGAUUAUAUCUCACCUCAAGGAUGGAAAACACGCCCCUUUGGCAAAAAAAAUUCUAACAUAUUGUGUAAAUACUCUGCACGAAUGGUUGGAUGCAAUAUAUUUCUUGGAACCUAGGUUAAGCAAGGAAGAAAUGAUGCAAGCAUCGUUUCACUUUCCACUUCAUCGCUAUCUAGCAGCAUUCUUGUGCCAAGCUGUCACAAAGAUGGGAAUGUCUUUGAGUGAUAUUUUACCAUCGUCAUCGUAUAUAUUGCCGCUUCUUAUGAUACAUCCAUUGAGAGUCCAGAGCUUCUUUUAUGAAAUUCUAGCUGGAAAAUGGGUUCGAAAUGGAUUGCAAAUAAAAGGACAAGCAAUGACCUACAUCCAGGCAAAUUUCUGCAAUUCAAUGGCAGAUAUGGAUUUAUUCUUCCUUCAAAUAUGCGCCACAAAUUUGCCCGAUUACUUCUUUUUGACCAAUGCCAUUGACCUAUUCAGCGUUGGCCAAUGGCUGGAAAUGGCCCCACUCAAAUCCCCACAGAAAAUGGAACAAGCCUCAAUGUUGGAGGGCUUUUUAACGUUUCUAGCCACCUUAGUGACAUCCCGAACUAAUCUGGGCAACGACGAAGCCACUCAAUGUAUCAUAGAAAUCAGUGCACUAUUGGCUACUGAAAACAAAACGCAUAGCCAAUUGCUGGAACUUAUGCCGGAACGUUCUGGAAACGUUCAUACGAAGAAUUUUGAGACGUUUCUUAAACAAUUAUCCGUUUACAAGGCACCUUCGUCGGGCUCGGAUAACCUAGAACAGGGAUUGUUCACUCCAAUCGACGAAGUUUGGGAGAACUACUACGAUCCGCUGCAUGUAUUGCUCCGUGCAGUACAUCGACGUGAUUUCCAAAGCUCGCUCGAUAGGUUCACCAAUUUUGUCAAGUCCAAAGGUAAAAUGCCGGCAAGCGGAAAUCUCUGGCCACCAUUUAGACUUCCGAGGCCAGUGGGAAAGGCAUUUGGUGACCCAUGUCGGAUUUUGAAUUCCAGAGUUUUUCACUCGACCAUUCUGUCGAUAUUCUUCCGAGCGGUACAUUCGCGAGAUGUAUCCGAGCACUUGCUGGCCUUGGCUGUAUUCCUUCUGGAGAUUGCAGUUGAAGUUAGUGACGAGCCCAGCAAUGGUGCCAUUGUAGAAUGUGAAUCGGCCUAUCAGCAAGCGUUUUAUUCAUUUUCGCGCAGAGAUCCACCAAAAUUAUUGCAGUGCUUCCCCACAGACAAUCUUUGUGAGAAUCUACGCCAUGUAGUUGACAAGUUAUCACUAAAAUCGCAGGAACCACAGGUUUCGCCAGCCAAUUAUCGUUCGAAUCCUUUCUAUAACGAUAUUGAUUUUGACGUGGACAGCGAGACGCUACCCAUGAUCGUUGGAGGAGAAAAUGAAGCGGGAGCAUCUGUAUCGAACUCUAAUAACUCUCUGGCUGUCCUUUCCAUGGAAGUCGCUUUGCCUCAGGAUCUUUCGGUGGUUCCUGAAACUUCUCUUGUCAUCCGAAGCAUUGAUGACGACAGCGACAGUCAAAUUGAAGACUCCCACUCUUUGGCUCUACAGCCCAUGAAUAGUAUGCCAACACGUUACACCCUGCAGCCCAUAGCCCCGCCGGAAUCAGGAAUGGAAGUGGCCAUACGUCGUGACCUGGGUCUGGCUACAACAAGUGAUGGAGCCUCAGUGACUACUUCAACGGUAGCGAACCGCCAGCCGAGUGAAAUGUUUUCCCCGACUACGCACAUUGCUGGUGGCAUGUUGCUGCCCUUCCAACGAGUACAGCCUGUCGCUGUCCCUAGUAGCAAUUUAGACAUUGUUCCCUCCAAUUCUCUUGGUGGCAGUGGUAGUAGUGGUUCACGUCGAACUUUUGACUCAGGCAGCCGAAUGAGGAACGUGGAACACGCUAUCGGACUAAAUAAAGACGAAGUAAUCAUCGAAGAGAGUAUCCUGUCGUUGCUGUUGAAGUUGCAUUCGCAACUGAGCGGCACGCUGGAUAGUUUCUCGUUGAAAGACGGCGAUGAUGACAAGCCUGGUUCAUCAACUAUGGAUGUUGACUGUGAUGAAGCAGGUCCAUCGCCGUCAUCUUCGUCGUCAUCCUGCUCGUCAUCGUCAUCUAGUCAACGGCACACCAAUACUCGAGAUAUUCGAAUAUCUGAUUCUCGGAUCGGUGACGGGCCCUUCUUCAUAGGUAAUCUUCUGCGUAAAGUAGCUAAACGGGACGAAAAAUGUGCACAGAACAUCGAAGAGAUUCGUAGCCGAUUAUGGCCGAACCAAAGAGAGAAACAAGCCGAACAAAAGGCCCGGGAAACAAGAGAAAAGGAGGAACGGUCUCGAAGAGCAAAGGAGCGACAACGCAAACUAAUGCAGGACUUUGCCAACAAACAAAAAGAAUUCAUGCAAACUGCCGGCCAGAGCAUGGAAUGUGGCGACGACGAAGACGACGAGGAGUACGAACAGCCUCGUGAAAAGGAAUACGAUUGCAUAAUCUGUAAUUGUACCAGUGCCAGUACAGACGCAAACCCCAUAGGUUUAGUAGUUCUUGUCGAAUCGAGUGGUAUUGUCGGACAUCGUAGGAAAGUGUCCGAACGACUACCACUUCCACUAAAUCUUGAAGAUGAAAAGAGGCUUAAGAACAGCAGUAUCCUUGCGACUGACUUUAAUCGACGCAACAGAAUUUUAAGCGAAAAAUUCGGUGAGGAAUCUUGGUAUCUGUCAAAUAAUUUAGGUUACGAAAACGGAGUGUAUGUACAGUCGUGUGGUCACCACGUUCAUUUGAGUUGUCUAGAUGCAUAUCUGAAAACCCUGUACGCCACGCAACGGCAACAUCUUCACGAUCGGGGAGAGUUCUACUGUCCUGUUUGCAGGCAGCUGUCCAAUUCGGUUCUUCCACUAAAUCCCCAGUUGGAUAGACCUGCGCCUGUUGUGCGAUCGGGCACGCAAUCUUUCGGGACGCUAGUCUUCGAGCUGAUGAACUUAAUCAAAGAAAAUGAGAGACCACCGCUGAGAUCUUUUAACACGUUCCACUCUUUUUCACAGACGACGACUAAGCUCUCCGAAGCGAUGGGUCGUGCAAUGGAAGACAUGACGAACAUAACUCAUCGCAAAAUCAAUCGAUUUCCUCCGACGUUCCGAAGUCUGUUUCUGUUUGUGACGUCGAUAGCUCGAACUAAUCUAGAAUCCGAAAUAAUUCAACGUGGUGGGACACUUUGUUCCAAUCAAUCAACGCGUUACAAGCCCAAGCGGGAGUGUAUCGUUCCAUUGCUGCACGUUCUAUCUGUCCAUGUGAGAGUACUCGUUGAGUGGCCGUUGUGGCGUUCUUGGGCGUCUCUGGCUGGUAUGCCAGUGAUCGACUCAGCACCCGUGCCUUCCCACUGCAAAGAAUUCAUCCCUAGUCUAUUCGCUGACCCCAUAGCGUUGCUCUUGAAAUUCAUCCUCUUGGCACCGCUACAUUUAGACCAAGUUUACUUUAACUGCAUAGUGAAAGUUAUGUACAACCUAUUGUACUAUCAGAUCGUUGUUAAACUAUGCGUCGCUCUGACUGAUCUCGAAUGUGACUUCAUUAUGGAAAAAUACAAAACCCGGAGUAACACUACUCCACAUCUGGGUAAAGCAAUGGCACUUGUUCUCAGCCACACCGAUAGACUGCAGAGAUUGCGUCGUGAUUGCCUACCGGCGUCAAUUGAUCAAUCUGGACCCAUCGAAGUGAAUCUCAAAUCGAUGGAAACACAGUUGCAGACGUUAUGUUUACCAUUUUUGCGUAUCGCUGCUUUGCUAAGACAUCAUUUGUAUCGCCAUGAAAUGCCAGAGAUCUCAGCUCCGCCAUUAGAGUUCGUACGACUAGUAUACUAUUUGGAAUUGGUCACCGAUAGUAUGGAUUGGGAGUGUUUCAAUGCAUCAAAAGGACUGUCGUUCAUUCCCGGUACUGAGGAGUCGUUGCCACAGUUCUGGUGCGAACAAUUAGUUGAUGUUCAUCCACCAGUCGAAGCCAUUCGUGAUUUUGUGAUAGUCAAUCAGAAUAUUGCGUGGCAACAACCAAAGUUGCUUGGGCUCCCUAGAGAAUAUGAGCGUUUGUUUACGUACUAUCAUGAGAGACCAUGUGAAAAUUGCAAUAAAGUGCCAAAAGAGAGCUCCAUUUGCCUGCUGUGCGGAGCAAUAGUUUGUCUCAAGCAAAAUUGCUGUGCUGAAAAUGAUUGUUGUGAAGCAGUUCGACACACAAUUUCUUGCGGCGGUGGUAUUGGCAUCUUUUUAGUUGUCACAUCGACAUACAUCAUAGUAAUAAGAGGUCGGAGAGCCUGUUUAUGGGGAUCACUGUAUUUAGAUGAUUUCGAUGAAGAAGAUCGUGAUUUGAAACGUGGUAAACCGUUAUACCUCAGCCAGGAUCGAUUCAAUCUUCUGGAAUCUCAGUGGCUCUCUCAUAAAUUCGCCCACACAAAACACACUUGGGUCUUUCAUCGUGAUCUGUUGUAAAUAAUAAAUCAAAUUACAAAUACAUACAUCUCUUUGACCUUCGAUGGAGGUUUGAGUUUUAAAAUCAAAACGUGGAUUAUAUUUCUAAAUCAUAAAUAGAAUAAACUGAAAAUAAUUAAAAAUAAUAAAUAUAAAUGUUGACAUUGGAUUUAACCCUAUAAAUAACAACUAUACCUACUUCUUAUCACUAUAAAACAAAGUUACUUACUCCUCAAUACAUUGUUAUAAUACUGAACCUACCGCCACUUUAUCGCUAUGAAAUGUAUAAAUAAACAAAAACCGUAAUAGAUGAAUUUAAAUAUGGUAUAUCUUUAUAUAGUUUAUUAUUAAUCCAACCAAGAGUAACUCGAGUAAUGUCUACAAAUUUACAUACGUCUCGUCUUACACAUAACUCUAGUUAAAAAUCCCUUAUUGAUGUCACAAAAUCUUAUCUCUAAAAUGCAAAAAUAAAAUAAAAAUAGAUAGAAACCGAGAAUGAAAUAAUUGACAUAUAAAUGAAAAUAACGGUUAAUUCCCAUUUAUUUAUUUAUUAAUUUAACAAAAUAGAUUUACAUUAAAAGGUUGAUAUAAUAUUAUAAUAUAAAAAGAUGAAUAAUUACUGUUCAUAGCUCUUACUUAAGUUGAGUCGUUUUUCUUUUGUUUGCACAAGUCACAUUUUAUUUGUGUCUUAAGCGUUUCUAAUCUUACUGGCAGCUUAGUUUUUAUCAUUAAACGCAAUCAAAAAAUUCGACUUGCCAACCAUAAUAAUUAAUUAUGAAUAAGGGUUCAUUAAAAAACAAGUAUAAUAAUAAUAAUAAAAAAAGAAUUAAAAAAAUUGUUAUUCCUCUGUGUGAUAUUCGAUUUAAUAUUAAAACAAAAUACAAAGACUUUUAUUAAACAUUUAUUUCGCAAAAAAAAAAAAAAAAAAAUAAAAAUAAAAGGAAGACAAAAUAUAAAAGAGAACUAAUACGUUUAUGUCCCUCUGUAUCACCGAUUAUUUUAUUUAAACAAAAUAUUAAGUUUUCAUUUUUGUUUUUUUAUUAUUUCAUUUAUAUGUAUUUCUUAGUUAAAAGAAAUUUUAAUAUGAAGUUUUUUUGUUCUUUUAAUUCUUGAAAUUUAAUUUAUAUAAAAUUUUAAAAAUCAAAAUUGGAUUAAAACAAUUCUUAUAACAACAAAACAAUUUUAAAUAAGACAUUUUAAGAAGAUUAUAGAUUGUUUUAUUUAUAUAUAUAUUUUUUUAAAAUUGAGAAUAAUGUUCUGUUACAUUAAUUUAACAUAAAAUAAAAAUAAAAAUGAUGUAGUAAAAGUAUACAUAUAUAUAUAUAAAUAUAUAUUUACAUUAUAUAAAAAUAGAGAAGUAAAUACAAAAAGAGAAUUAUGUAUACAACCACACAUUACAAAUAAUAACAUUAUUAUAUUUGAUGUAUCUACGAGAACUAUGCCUAAGUAUAUAAUAACUAAUUCAAAAAAUGAAAUAAAGUCAACAAAACAAUAAUAUUGUUACUCGCUUUAAAA